ACAGACCUGCAAACCACAAUCCCAACACGUUGUUGGGCUUAAGAAUGGGGAAACGCUUUUUACCAGCUCUGUCUUCUCUCUUCCUCUUUUUCUUGUGGGGAGGAUGGCUUUACUACUCUACAAAUGGAAACCAGGGUUUCGGCUGCCGAAGUCUACGUUUUGUGACACCAGUUGGAGGAUAUGCUCUUCGACGCCACGUGUUUAAGGAAAUUCAUUUACAAAUGGGAAUUGAGCUCAGUGGUGACUGUAGACAGCAGUGCCUCUUGGAAAGAACCUGCGUGUCUAUAAACAUCGGCUCACCUGACAAGAAUGGUCUCACGGUGUGUCAACUGAGUGAUUCUGACCACAUCCAACAUCCUAAAGAUCUUAAGCCACAAGAAGGGUUUAUUUACUGGGCUACAGAGAAUCCUUGUACUAGUAAGCCCUGCUUCCAUGGUGCGACCUGCCUUAGUGGAUUCACAGACAAGAGAUACCUUUGCCUAUGUCCAGUUGGUCACAAGGGAGAAAAUUGUGAAAAAGACAAAAACGAGUGUACGGAAAACACUCAUGACUGCCAUGCCAAAGCUGUUUGUCAUAAUACCGAAAGAUCCUAUAGGUGCAGCUGUAAAGAUGGUUAUCGGGGUAAUGGACGGAAUUGUACAGACAAAGACGAGUGUACGGACAAAACUCAUGACUGCCAUGUCAAAGCUGUUUGCAAUAAUACCGAGGGUGCAUAUAGAUGCAGCUGUAAAGAAGGUUAUCGGGGUAAUGGACGGAAUUGCACAGACAAAGACGAGUGUACGGACAAAACUCAUGACUGCCAUGUCAAAGCUGUUUGUAAUAAUACCGAGGGUGCCUAUAGAUGCAGCUGUAAAGAAGGUUAUCGGGGUAAUGGACGGAAUUGCACAAACAAAGACGAGUGUACAGACAAAACUCAUGAUUGCCUUGCCAAAGCCGUUUGUAAUAAUACCGAGGGAUCCUACAUGUGCAACUGUAAAGAAAGUUAUCGGGGUAAUGGACGGAAUUGCACAGACAAAGACGAGUGUGCAGAAAAAACUCAUGACUGCCAUGCCAAGUCUGUAUGUAAUAAUCCCGAGGGAUCCUACAGAUGUAGCUGUAAAGAGGGUUAUCAGGGUAAUGGACGGAACUGCCUAGCUACGGUUGAAUUGAUAACUGGAGCCAACAAGCCAGUAUACGAACACGAGUGUACAGACAAAACUCAUGACUGCCAUGACAAGGCUAUUUGUAAUAAUACCGAGGGAUCCUACAGAUGCAGGUGUGAAGAAGGUUACCACGGAGACGGGCGAAAUUGUACAGAUGUAGACGAGUGUAUCACCAAUACCCACAGUUGUCACUAUAGCGAGAUUUGCAAAAACACAAAUGGAUCUUAUACAUGCCAGUGCAAACCAGGAAUGAAUUGCACUUGCUUGAACUUGAAGACAUUUAGUGAUGCUUACUGCAACAAGCAUGCCGAACAAUAUUGCGGUUUUCACUGGUUCUCAAAGUACUGUAAGAGGUCUUGUGGUCUCUGCUGAGGUUAAUUGUCAAUGGAAGUGGGUUCCGAUUAAAUUCCUCCUCAACCGCAAACUUAUCCAUUCUGCCACUUAACUGCAAAAAGUCUGACAAAACCUAAUAUUUUGAAGACUAGAGUAAUUAUAAAUUAUGCUAAAUUAUCCAAAAUUCAGGAAAAAAACAGCUUUAUUCUAAUGAGAUAAGACAGGCGUUGUGAGAGAGAGCUAAAUAAUGAAAUGCUACGUCAGAGGGUAUGCGGUCAACAACACGGGCUCAAGUGUCAUGGGUCGAAAAUUUGGCGAAAUUAGCGGGAAAUAAUUAGGGCUGACUUUUAAAACCGAGGAACUCCGUUUUCGUCGAAGGCAUUUUCCUAUUUCCAG